AUGGCGCCAUCAUUUGAAGAGUCAGAUCACACAUGGCUGCAACUCGGCAUAGGGAGUGGGGAACCAACAGAAGUGCGAACAUCGCUCGCAGUUGAUGCGCAAGAUCAUGCGCGCGACGACGGAUGGGUCUAUUGCCGUGCAAAAGAUCCGGAGCACAUGCACCGCAUGUUUGCGCAUAUCCUUCACUUUCUACGCGAUGUCGAGCGGCGGAGCAUAGACCCUAGUACAGAAGGAGAUGAAGUUGGUCUUCGUGUACUAAGUGACCCGCUUGAAUCGUGCCCGGACCGGGCUGACAAUCCAGAAUACUACCGGAUGAUAUCGCGGCCUACGUCGUUGCAGACGAUCACUCACCGCAUUGUUCACUGUGAAUACGCAUCAUCAGCUCUUUUUGAACAAGAUAUGCUGCAGCUAUUUUGCAAUGCACGAAUCUGGUAUGGACUGGGUUCUGAGGGAUAUGCGGAGAUGGUCACUCUCCUUCGUUUGUAUAAUGAAUUAACGCCAUCACAGGCUCGCCUCACAGAUGCAAUAGGCGUCCGUCAUGGAAAAAGCCGCAUGUCCGACGUGGAUGUCGUGAGCGCACAGCGUUCUUUGGCCAGGGCAUCGCAGCAUUUCUCGUCAUCGAUCUACGGACCAGGACGUGAGCCACCAUCCGAGGCCACUGUCCGUGACGUGGUCGGUAUGGAUGCAGCCGCGUGGAAAGGCAGAGUGUAUCAUGUUGGCGAUUGGGUGCAUCUCAUGAAUCCAGUGGAUCCGUCACGCCCUAUCGUUGGUCAAAUCUUCCGUUUGUAUAAGCAGCGGAAAAUCCCAGGCAUAUUCUUGUCCGCAUGCUGGUACUAUCGCCCGGAGCAAACACACCACACUGAGACGCGUCACUUCUUUCCGAAUGAAGUCGUUCAAACAGCUGUGUAUGGCGAGCAUGCCAUAGAGGAUAUCAUUGAAGACAUCCUGGUCCUCUACCUCCCGAUAUUCAAACGGGCACGGCCUGCAGCUCCAUAUUGGCAAAAAGAGUCCCCUCUCUAUGUGGUGGAGUCCAAGUAUGAUGUCACUCGACAUACGUUCCACAGAAUCGAUGUAUGGACGAGCAAUGUGCCAGCGCAGGUGCGCGCCAAAAAAACACCCAUGGAUGUCUUUGUUGAGCCGGUGGAAAUGCCUGUGAAAAGUCCAUCGAUCCUUUUGCAUUGCAAUGUACCAGGUGGCAUGUUGAUCGAUGAGCAGAACUUUGCAUACGACCCAGAAGAGUGGCCCGACCUGUUUGAAGGUGCUGUGUCUCUCGACCUACCAUCGCGCUUACCUGCAGUGCCAUUGCCUGCCCAAACAAUGCCGCCCGCACCUGCUGCGUCGCAGACGGACAGGUUGCGUGCUUAUGCGACGUUUCAUACAGCCGCAAUGGAAGUCGCGCGUCGUGUCUCGCCAGCUGCCUAUGCAAAACUACAGAAGAACUUGAUGACACGGCCACUGGCAUCACAUUCCGAGCUCGGAGCUAUGGCAUUGGAGGCCGGUGAUGUCUCGCCCACUCUCCUGAUUCAUUUGCGCGAUGCCGCCGUCGCUGCAGGUAUGCUUACGAGUGUUCAUGCUAAUGGCGUCUCGUCAUCGAUGUCAAUUCCAAAGGAAUGCCUUCCUUCGUCUGCCGCUGUGUUUGCCACAUACAAACAGGGCGCCGAGUUUAAGGCACUUGCGUCUGAGACGCGGCGGUUGUUUCGACAAGAUCCUCAGGGCAAUGUUUUAUGGUAUGCAGCACCACCGAUCCCAGGCUGGAAUAGCACACGACUGGUUCUCGAUGGAACAACGCCUCUUCCUGUGCCAUCCAUGCCUUUUUUGGAGUACAUCGUCCGCACGUCCCAUAAGCGACCACGUACAUGA